AUGAGGGAGACUCUGUUCAAAAUCUCCCUCACCUUCUGCUCCUUGUUUUCGGUAAAUGGCAUCCACCCCAACUGCCGUCUGUAUCUGGAGCUGCAGCGGGAGGAACUCCGCUGCUUGACUCAGUUGAACAAACCCAACAACACAGGACUCUCAAAAGGAUGCCCUGGAGUUUGGGAUAAUGUUACCUGCUGGAUGCCGGCCGAGAUUGGAGAAACAGUCAGCAUGCCCUGUCCGAGAUCGCUUGGUUUCAUCAAUGAACCAGCAAAUGUCAGCAAGAAUUGCACAGUUGAAGGUUGGACAGACGCCUUUCCAGCAUAUACAAAUGCCUGUCUAUACCCCACCAAUGAAGCUGAUAAAAAUGUUGCCUUUUUCGUGCUGGUGAAGGCUAUUUAUACGCUGGGACACAGUAUCUCCUUAGUUGCUCUCACGACUGGAUCAGCGAUGCUUUGCUUCUUUAGAAAACUUCAUUGCACACGGAACUACAUCCACCUGAACCUGUUUUUCUCUUUCAUUUUGCGUGCAAUAUCUGUUUUACUGAAAGAUGACACUUUGUAUUCAGAACAUCACCAAUGUACUGAAGCAGCACAGAUUGCCUGUAAAACGAUUUUGGUCUUCUUCCAGUAUUUCAUCAUUGCCAACUUCUACUGGCUGUUGGUGGAAGGUUUGUACCUGCACACCCUCCUUAUGAUCUUUUUCUCGGAAAAUAAAUACUUUGUCCUCUACAUGCUGAUUGGCUGGGGAAUUCCAGCAAUCAUUGCAAUUGUCUGGACUAUUACAAGAAUCUAUUUCGAAGACACUGAGUGCUGGGACAAGAAUAUCCACAGCAUUCCUUGGUGGACACUCAAAGGACCAAUCUUAGCAUCUAUCAUUCUAAACUUUCUCCUGUUUAUUAGUAUUGUACGAAUACUGAUGCAGAAACUAAAGUCACCAGAUAUUCAGGGCAACAACGACUCACAGUACAAGAGACUUGCCAAGUCCACAUUGUUCCUCAUCCCAUUGCUUGGAAUACAUUACAUCGUGUUUGCUAUUUUCCAGAACAAUAUUUUCAAUAAAUAUCAGAUUGCGUUUGAAUUAUGUUUCGGAUCUUUUCAGGGGCUUAUUGUUUCAGUCCUGUACUGCUUUUUAAAUAGUGAGGUUCAAGUUGAACUGAAAAAGAAAUGGCGGAGCCUGGUUUCAGAUUGUCACUUGAAGCCUGAUUACAGUAAGCACAGAACAUCAUUUUCAGGGAAUGGCUAUUCUCGCCGCUAUACACGAUCUCAGUCCUUCUUGCAGACGGAAACAUCUCUGGUCUAA